AUUAUUUUUAUUUCUGGGUCCGUCGGAGACGAAAAAGAAGGGAAAUUUCUGUUGGGAAAGAUUCGAAUACGGCCCGCCGGGAAAAGGAACCGGCGAACUUAACUGCAUCGGCGGUGGCGGGAGAUGGGAGAGUGUGAGGUUCGAUGCCGCCGGGGAGGGUAGGAAAUGAUGGAAUGAAGGGGCUAGGGUUUGGGUCUGGAGGAGUGGGAGGACGGGAGAUGAAGGAGUGCGAGCGGGGAGGGGGUGAGGCGUGUUUGGUGAAGGAGGAGGAUGGAUGCAUCGAUCCCGAUGUCGACCUUUUCUAUAUUGAUGUCAAACUCCAGCAUGUCUUGGGGCAUGUUCAGAGAGAAUUUGAAGAUGGAGUUUCUGUGGAGAACUUUGGGGCAAAAUUUGGUGAUUAUGGUUCAUUCUUACCUACUUACAAGCGUUCUCCUUCCAUCUUAUCUCAGCUUAGAAGCCCACCAAAGGAUACCAGUCACACUGUCGUCAAAUCUCCUAAUGGUUUAUCAUGCAAGGGUGCAUCUAAUAACGUAUCAAUUCAAAACAAUGCACCUACUGCAAAAAAUUGUCCUGUUUUAAUCAAGGAUUUGGAUUUGGAAGGCUCAGCCAGAAAGGAUGCUUCCACAACUGUAUCUACAACUAGAAAUCCUGUAGAAGAUAAUGAUUUAAUUAAUAAAGGAACCAAAGGUUCUAUCCGGAAUUCCUUGAAGGUUCGCAUAAAAGUUGGACCAAAUAACAUCUCAGACCAAAAUAAUUCUGCUAUCUACAGUGGCCUGGGUCUUGAGCUCUCACCGUCCUCAUCCUCAGAGGACAGUCCCGAAGGAAUCGAGGGUAUUUUUGAAGAUGGUGUUACCAAUGUGUCUCAACAGGCCAUCCUCCAGAUGAUGACAGACUUUCCCAUUGCAGAAGAUUGCUUUCUUUCCCCCCUGCAAGAAAAUUUGCUGAGUUUGGCAAAUGAAGGGGAAGACAUCAAUGGAAAUCACAGAGGGGAUCUUCUUGGUAAGAGCAUUUCUGAGGUAAUCUCUAUUUCAGGUCAGUUGAAUUCACCACUACGAAGCUCCCAGGACAGCAAAGAUAUUGCCUUGAAGAUUCUUCAUGAAAACACCCAAAUUGGAGGGUUUAAAUCUGAGCUAAAUAAUGAUAAGGUUUUUGAGAAAAAAGUGGAUGUUGAAACAGUGGAAGGGCAAGAUCUCACCUUUCAAACCUCUAGCAUCCCUCUUUUGUUAGAUUCUAGGACCGCUGAAUCUAAAAUAUUGGUCAGAAAAGUUGUUUCUAAAACUCAGGAAGACUCGGCCAUAGGCACUAAGAAGACAUUUGAUGAGCAGACUGAAUCACGUAGGAUUUUGCCGAAUGACAACAAUAUCCAGAGGCUAGGCAAUAGGAACUCAUUUGACUCAGAAAGAAGCAUGGAAGGUGGUGGCGUUGCUGGUUUAAAAGAGAGAGCGUUUUCUUGUAAAGUGCAGCCUAGCCCUAGAGUAAAUUUGACUAGGGGAGAGCCUUCCAAGAAGAACAUGAUUUGUGGGAACACUGAUCUUUCUUGCUUGCUGAAAGAACGCAUGGACAAACCUGAAAAUGACAUGGAAUUUGAUGGGCCUAAAGUUUACGAAGAUCACAUUAUUGGAACUAAGCUGGAUGAUGCAAAAAAGGCAGAUGAACUUUCUGAAGUCAAACGAAAGUUGAAAGUUAACGCUUCAAAUGCUACUUCACUAACUGAUCUCCCAAAAAAAACUACAGUUUCUCUUUGUUUUUUGCCAGGAAAAGAUGAAAAGAAAUUACAUUCAAAAGAGGGUGUUGAAAUCAAGUCCAAACAACUGAAAUCAAUGAAGGAAUCACUGCAUGAAGAUCUCAAACAUUCACAAAGAGAGGUUGCUUGGGAAGGAAAGGAUGAGGUAGUGCUUGGUAAAAUGCAACCUUUAAUUGCUAAGAACAGGAUAAAUGAUAUUAAUAUAGUGAAGAAAAAGUCUAGGGUGAGAUCCGUAGAUAAAAAGUCAGCUUUUUCGUCGAGUAAUGAAGCACCUAUACAAACAUGCACAGAUGCUGCUGUUGCAGCUGUUCCUAUUGUAAUUAAGGAUAAUUGGGCCUGCUGUGAUAGAUGUGAAAAAUGGCGCCUUUUACCAAGUGGGACAAAUCCUGAUGAUCUCCCAAACAAGUGGACGUGCAGUAUGCAAGUUUGGCUGCCUGUUGGAAUGAACCAUUGUCUCAUUAGUGAAGAUGAAACAACGAAGUUCAUGAAUCCACAAUGCCAUGAAUCCCUCCUUGAGAGCAAUGCUAUUCCCGACCACUCUGCUCCAUCAGCAUCUUCAGCUUCUCUUCAUGUAAAUCAAGCAAGCUGUCAGAUGGGCUCGAUAAAUGACACGAACUGCAAUUAUAUAAGAAGGCUGAGUGAUGCUUCCAUGGAAACACAAAACGUACACCUCAAGGCGAAGAGGAAAAGUCUUCAAUGUUCUUCAAAUGGAGUUGGCACUAGGCAGAGCAAGGAUUCGAAAUUGAUAGGGAAGGGAUUGAUCAAUUCAGAUAUUUCUGGGCCAAAGAAGACAAUCCAUCCCGAUGGCUUCCAUCUUCUCAAUAAGGAUAGCAAAAUAAGCUCUGAUUUAACGCCAAAAGUAAUGCCAUACUUGGCUAAUAGUUCCUCUGCUGUUGAUUUGACUUGGAAGCAAAUGGGGGAGCUUGGAGAUAAAUUUUUAAGUAACUCUGUGAGGGAGUUGAAAGGUAGUUGUUCCUCACUAAAUGGGACCAUGAAGGCACAUGUCGGGGUUCAUGCAGGCAGAAAAUUUAAACAAGCAGGUCUAAUAGAUUCUGAACUUUCUGAUAACUCUUUAAUUCCUGUUAAGAAGAGAAAAGCAAGAGAGUGGCAUGAAAUCCAGAAUAAUCAAACUGCAAUGAGAAGCCGGCAUCUGGGUGAAAAGGGGGUCAUGCUUGGGGAAGAUAGCAGAAGUGUGAAAAAGAAGGAAAAUAAGUUUAAUACAUCAAACUCUGCAACAGAGGCUUAUAGCACAAGCAAAAUAACCAGUGCAAGUGGUAAGUCACAUGAUAAAACCAAAAGGACUUGUAGAACUGGGAAACUGUUUAUCGAUGACAAGGUGGAUAACCAAGUUGCUGCCGUACACGCUUCAGCCGAAGGAAAUUCAGUUGGUAAGACUUAUGCUAAUAAUUUAGGGGCAUCUGCCAUUGAAAGAUCAAAUAGAUGCUUCAGUGGAGAGGUCAAUGGCAAGAUGAGCCAAGGCUCAAGAAAAAAGGAAAGCAGUUGUUUUAUCCAGGGAACAUCAGUAGGAAGAUCUCCAGGUUGUAAAUCUAUGGUUUUGAGUCCGUUGGAUGGGGUUUGUGGUGAUCCUAUUAAGGCAUCAUCCAUCCUAGAUUGUGGUAAAGCCGAAAGUGAAGCUGUUGGAAUCAAUGUGGUAAAUUCUGUGCCAUCCUUCUUUGAUCAUCACGGUACAUAUGAUACCGAUCCUUUGAACCCAUUCAAAAAUCUUGGCAAAUUUAAUGAAGCCGCUGGGAAUGCUGAUGAUAUUGCUAGUAGACAUUGCGAAGACGGGACUGUGAUAUCUGAGUCAGGUAAGAGAUUAUGCUUCAAGAAUAGGAACAAAACAUUUCAAUGUGAAUUCAAUAAAGAAGGUAAGAUGAAGUUAUCAAAUAUUUUUUCUGAAGAAGAAGAACUUCAUUCUUUGAGGAAUGGCAUGCAAGGCACACCAAAUCAAUGUCUUGAUUUGAUGUCAAGCACAAAAGCAAAAGGGUUCGAAGUGUGUCCUACUGGUGAAACAGUUAAUGGUUUGCUGGAAUUGGAUAAACUGGAAAAGGCUUCUGAUGGUAAGAACGUUGCACGAAAUGGUAAUUUUAGGCGUGAAAAGGCUGAAGAGCCUUCUGAUCAGCCCCCUAUGAGAAAAUGUGUAGCCUCCAAUGCUGCUCUUGUGGCCAUGAAAGAGGCCAAAGAAUUGAAACAUGCAGCAGACCGUAUGAAGAAUUUAGGACAAGAACUUGAAGGUAUUGCUCUCUACUUCCAGGCAACCUUGAAGUUUCUGCAAGCUGCUUUUCUUUCAGAGCCAUCUAGUAAUGCUGACAUCAAAUAUAAUGAAUUAAAUGAAUUAUUGAAAACUUACACUCAGACGGCAGGUUUAUGCGAGUUUUGUGCACGUGAAUAUGAAAAAAAGAAGGACAUGGCUUUUGCUGCAUUGGCAUAUAAAUGUAUGGAAGUGGCUUAUUUCAAGGUUGCAUUUUUCAAGUGUUAUGUUGUAUCUAAGGACUACCAUGAACUGCAAGCAACCGUGCAGACAUUUUUACAAGAUGGCUCACCUUCAUCGUCUGCUUCUGACCUCGAUAACUUGAAUCAGCCAGGUGCACUAGAAAAGGUCACUUAUUCUAAGGUUGCUAGUUCUCUUCAAAAUACCGGUAUUCGUGGUGUAGUUUCCAGAGCUACCUUUUCCCGUUGGCUUGACUGGACAAACGUUUCAAUAUUUGCUUUUGAAGCAUCAAGGAAAUCCCAGAAUGCACUUUCAGCGGCUUCUGCCGCACUUGAACAUAGUGGUUGUGGCAGCAUUGCUUCGGUUGAAGAUGCUCUAAAUUUCAAUUUUCACAAUAUAGAAGAAUUAGUGAGGCGUAUAAGAGCUGCCAUGGAGUCUUUCAAUCAUUAAAGCAAUAAGGAAACUUUCUCACCAACAUGUCAUCGUUUACAAUAGAUGGAUUCUGUGCUGGGACCCUUUAUCAACGAAUGCAAGGAUAAAUUUGCUCCAAAGGAGCACUUUAACCAUGGAAAAAAUGGGAGCAGUUAUCAUGCUGACCACAUCUGUUAUGCAGCAUUGUUUGAGUAAAUGAAGUUCAAAACUUCAGCUUUUAAAAUUAAAAGUAAUUAUUGAGGCUUAUGAGGCAUUCUAUUGAGUUUUAUGGUCAUUAAAGCUUCAAGGUAACUUUCCCAUGCAUAUUACAUCUUUUAUGUGGCGAUUUGCUCUCCAGAAUGAAACUAGACGGAUGUUGUGCUGAUUUUUCCUAUUUUAUGAGAGCGUAGUACAUCAUUCACUUUUCUUGAGAUCAGCAAAAGCAUUGGUUUUGAAAUAUGUACGAAUAUUUGGCCAGCAAUCUGAACUGCAGUUGUGGUUUUUCACGUGUAAAUUGCCUAAAUUAUGUUGAACAUAUUAAGAUUCGUGAGGAUGUUGGGAUUUAGAUGGUUGACAGGACCAUCCUGCAAAGAAUAUGAUGUAGAAUGACGAACAUAUUCAGAUUCCUCUCUCCUAAUUGUACAUGAAAUUUGUUUAUCCUAAAACUUGAUGCUGAUGUCUCCAAUGCUCAUAUUGUUCACGUCCUUUCAAGCUUUGUCGGAUGCACAACUGAAAUUAUCAACGCUGCAGCAUCAGAUUGGGAAGCAAUGGCAAUUUUGGAUUAUGGUAUAGAAGAUUCUUUAACAAAUGCUCUAUUAUCUGGAAAUUGAUUUCUUAAUCUUCAAAAUAUUUUUUGUAAGGCUGUGCUUUUAAUUACCUUUAACAUAGGAGUGGGACUAUUCAGUUUUGUUGAUGAGGUAGAAUGGAUUAAGAUUUGUGACUGUGAGUCCUACUGUAGAUCUCAGCUAACAAGGAGUUUGCAAGCUACUGUCUUCAGGAAGCAAGUCUAAAGAAUGGCUAUUUGUCUUAC